AUGAACAGCAUCAAUUUCUCAUCUGGUUUCUUCCUGAAUCUCAUUGCCGGUCCGGAUCCCUCCUUCGUGCCUUUUGCCCCAGUAAAACCCAUCCCUCGGCUGCGGACAAAAUGCUGUGACAUCUCGAUAAACUCGAUGCACAAACAGCCUACCCAGUUACGCGAAUAUCACUUUCAUGCAUUCUUCAACUGUUCUUGGAUGUCUCGUCCUUGCUCUCGUGUUAUCAAGUUUAACCCGGACGCACCUAUAGAGUGUCAAAAGGCCACGCCACCUACACCCGCGCGUCCUCGUAUUAGCGCCAAAGUGCCCGCCGUGCAUGAGAUACAUGAUGCUGCUGCUAAAUCAGUACGGUCCCGACACUCACACAAACCUUGGAAAAAUAUCGCCAUAACCGAAUACGAUGACGCGGAGUUCGAGGAACUGCAAGCACGGUUGGUGUUUACCUGGCCGCCCGAUUUGGCAGCCUACCGAAGAGAGGUCGAGGAGAGGGGCUGGGGUGAGGCAGCAGAGUAUGCUGAUGAAAAUAUUGUCCCUGGUGCCAUCUAUGACGCUUCACCGAUAGAGUCGGGAAGCACAGACAGUUCCAUGAUCUUGACGCCGACUCGAGAAGAUUAUGAUAUUCAAACAGCCUGCACACCGCCGGCUAUUCUGCACGAGGGGCUCGUAGAGCCUGAAGUUAAGGCUGGCGUUCUCGAGAAGGCAGUGGGGCUUCAGCGAUUGAGACGCAAAGCACCACCUCCACUCAGUCUUGAUAUUAAGAAAAAACAGCAUUUCAUCGACGAGAUUGGAUGCACCCUGCUGAUCGGCGAUGGUGAGCGUACUGCACGGGAGAUACUGAUGCUAAGCCCGCUGACGGCAGCGAUGAACAUCACUAGCAAGUUAUCUGCAGGGCUCCUCCUCAAUAUUCAUACCUUUUCCGAUGGACUAUUAUUCUGA